AUGGUGGUGUUUGUGUGGCUGCUGAUGCUCCUGGAUCAAAUCGAUAGCACGAGGCACCCUCCGUUCAAUCCUUUGCCUGUUUGGCCUCAGUGGUAUCGCCCAGGGGACUUUCUCGUUGGUGGGAUGGGCUCCCAGGUCCUAUGCCACUAUCAUUUGUUAACAUUUACGACUCCUCCAUCAUGGGACGAAGCUGAGAUUUCAGACAAAAUCCCAAAGUUCUACCAGCAUAUGCUCGCCCUGGCAUUCACUGUAAAAGAGAUCAAUGACAAUCCCCGCAUCUUGCCCAAUGAGACUCUGGGGUUCCACAUCUGUGACAACUACAACAUUGACCAGAUGACUUAUUUUAGUACUCUGGAGCUGCUGUUCAAAUCCCACCAUUUCGUCCCGAACUAUAAAUGUGGCGCCCAAAAAAACCUCAUAGGUGUCAUUGGGGCUCUUGACUCUGAGAACUCCUUCCAUAUGGCAAACCUCUUGGAGAUCUUCAAGGUUCCACAGUUCAUCUACGGAUCAUUUGCCUCAGAGGAGAGUGAUGCGAAAGAGUUCUCCUUUUACCACAUGGUCCCAAAAGAAGACAAGCUCUACACUGGCAUUCUUCAGUUGCUACUCCAUUUUGGAUGGACGUGGGUGGGGCUUCUUGUCUCAGAUGACAACAACGGGGAACUUUUCUUACGGACGAUAGAGCCAUUGCUUUCUCAAAACGGAAUCUGUUUGGCCUUCACCGAAAGGAUCCUGCAGAAAGUACAAUGGGAUGAUUACGAUGAUUUUACUGGCCAAGUCCAAAACCUAGAUCAUCAUUUCCUCAACGAAAGAGUCAGUACGUUUAUCAUUUAUGGCGAUCCAAUGACAAUUAUAAUAUUGAAUGCUUACUUGUUUUUGUCACCUCUCGCAGCUGAGCAUACAUUUAGCAAAGUAUGGAUUUUGACAGCCCAGACUGAUUUUGUCCUAACAGGUGUCCAAAUGUUGGCUGGGGAUUUCCGGUUCUUCCAUGGGGCAAUCUCUUUCGCAAUUCAUUCGCAUGAGCUACCAGGUUUCCAUAAAUUUCUUCAAGGCAUAAAUCUUUAUGGGGAAGAAGAAAAUGAGUUUUUGACGUACUUCUGGGAGGUAGCAUUUGACUGUACGGUUGUGGACAGCAAGGAUUCCGCAAAUGUCCCUGGUGCUUGUACCGGGGAAGAGAUGCUGGAGAGCCUCCCUGGGCCAGUUUUUGAAAUGCCCAUGAGUGGCCACAGCUAUAGCAUCUACAAUGCUGUCCAAGCCAUAGCACAUGCUUUGCAUACCAUGUAUUCAUCUAGAUCCAAUGCUAGAGCAUGGAGGAGUGGCAGAAGAGCCAGAUUUCUCGAUCUUCAACCUUGGCAGCUCCACCAGUUUCUUCAAGGCAAUGCAUUUAACAACUCAGCAGGAGAAAAAGUGUCUUUUAACAAUCGUCAGGAAGUGGAGGGAGGAUUUGAUAUCACAAACCUGGUCACCUUCCCAAACAAGUCCUUCUUUAGAGUGAAAGUUGGAAGGGUGGACCCCACAGAUCUUGAAGGAAAGGAAUUGAUCAUUCAUGAUGAUUUAAUUGCAUGGCAAACUGGCUUUGAACAGGUUCCACCUCUUUCUGAGUGUAAUGCACAUUGCCACCCGGGCUCUCAGAAGCAGAAAAGGGAAGGAGACAAAUUCUGUUGUUAUGAUUGUUUGAGGUGCCCUGAAGGGAAGAUUUCAAGGGAGAAGAACAUGGAUGACUGUAUCAGUUGUCCAAAAGAUGAAUAUCCAAACAAGGACCAAGAUCGAUGUCUGCCCAAGUCAAUCCAUUUUCUGUCUUAUGAAGAAACAUUAGGGGUUAGUUUGGCUUCUGUUGCCAUGUCCUUUUUCCUAAUCACAGCUUUGGUUCUUGCAACAUUUAUUAAGUACAAAGACACUCCCAUAGUCAAGGCCAACAACAGAGAUAUCACCUACGCUCUCCUGGUCUCUCUCUCGCUCUGCUUCCUCUGCUCUUUGCUUUUCCUUGGAGAACCAAGCAAGGUGACCUGUUUCUUUCGGCAAUCAGCUUUUGGCAUCAUCUUCACAGUGGCAGUGUCUUGUGUGCUGGCCAAAACCGUCACAGUGGUGGUAGCUUUCAUGGCCACCAAGCCAGGGUCCAGCAUGAGGAAGUGGGUGGGGAAAAGUCUGACCACCUCCAUUGUCCUUUCCUGCUCCUUCAUUCAAGCAGUGAUUUGUCUUGUGUGGCUAGGAACCUCUCCCCCAUUCCCAGAUUUUGACACCCAGUCAUUAACUACAGAGAUCAUAGCAGAAUGUAAUGAAGGGUCUGUCCUCAUGUUUUAUCUUGUCCUUGGCUACAUGGGACUUCUGUCUCUCAUCAGCUUGACUGUGGCUUUCUUUGCCAGGAAGUUGCCAGACAGUUUUAACGAAGCCAAAUUCAUCACCUUCAGUAUGCUUGUGUUUUGUACUGUUUGGAUGUCUUUUGUUCCGACCUACCUGAGCACCAAAGGGAAAUACAUGGUAGCUGUGGAGAUCUUCUCUGUCUUAGCCUCCAGUGCAGGGCUACUGGGUUGUAUCUUUUCCCCCAAGUGCUACAUUAUUUUGCUGAGGCCAGAGCUGAACAACAGGGAGCAGCUAAUAAGGAGAAAUAACUGCAGAAUCCCACCGUAG